AUGGUUGUAGAAGAAAAAAUGGACAUUCGUAACCGUCCUCUUUAUCAUUGUACGUCAUUCACAUUCCGGCGCCGCGUAUUAUGUAGUCUCAUCUGCGGUUGCGUGCCAGAACCGAUACUUCGGCGAAGCACUUCCACUGUGCGCACAAAUUCUGCAUUGCCGCUACGCUUGUUCACGGGGUAUCACAGAUAUCUUACAAGUGGUGUGGAAUAUUUUCGCUCAGGGGAAUUCUUCAAUCUAAUCACAAUUCCAUCGAAGAUCUGA